AUGCCUAUUAGCAAUGGCUUGGUUAGCUUUGGUCUCAGUUAUACUGCUUAUAGACCAGUGGAAUUUGAUGCUAUUAGCCGUAAUCUAGCCAUUGUUGCUCCAUAUUGGGAUGAUAUAUGGUUGGCUGGUUCAAGAGAGUUACGUUAUCAAAUAGUAUCAGGAUCCUCUUCUCUCAUCAAUAAAGUUAAUGCAUUCUUAACUAGUCAUUCUGGUGUCUCUUUCAGUACUGAUUGGUUGUUGUGGGCUUAUUGGCAUGAUGUAUGUCCCUUUAAUCAGAAUUGUGAGUCCAAUGAGUCAAACUACUUUCAAGUUCUAAUUGCAGUGCAAGGAAGAAUAACAUACUCAAUAUUUACCUAUCAGUGUGGACUCAUAAGAUGGACAACAUAUGGUGCUGGUAUUGGCUUCAGUCUAAAUGGUACAUUUUAUGAAAAGCAUCCACUGUCAAACAAUGCAAGCCUAGCUGUUAAUAUUGACUGUGAUGGUGCCAUAUCAGGCUGGAGCAAUGUUGUUUACAGGAUUGACUCUGCAAUGGUACCAGUCUGUAAUUUCUCAUGUGGUAAUGGGACAUGCGUUGCUAAUAAUGUUUGCAGAUGCUUCGAUGGUUGGACUGGUGAUCACUGUGAUCAAGUGUUUUGUACACCACCAUGUUUACGUGGCAUUUGUACUCUAAAUAAUAAUUGUGUUUGUGAUCCUGGAUGGACUGGUUCAAGAUGUAGAACAGACAUUAAUGAAUGUACAUAUGUUGCCUGUGAUCAGUUUUGUAACAAUACAGAAGGGUCAUAUGCCUGCUAUUGUGGUCCUGGAUAUGAGAUUUUGAGUGAUAAUUCAACUUGUAGAGACAUAGAUGAAUGUGAGACUGGUUCUAAUAAUUGCACACACUUCUGCAACAACACAUUAGGCUCAUACACAUGUUCAUGUAUUGAUGGAUACACUAUGACUGAAUAUGGGCUAUGUCUGGAUAUUGAUGAGUGUUAUUUGAAUAUUAGUGGCUGUGAUCAUAGCUGUGCCAAUACUAAUGGAAGCUACUACUGUGAAUGUAGGUCAGGAUUCAGGCUACAUGUUAAUGGUCACUAUUGUGAAGAAAUUGAUGAAUGCAUUGAGAAUCCUAACCUGUGCCCAAUCAAUAGUAACUGCUUCAACACACAUGGCAGUUAUAGUUGUGAUUGUAUUAAUGGAUAUCACAAGAAUGAAUCAGGAUAUUGUAUAGAUAUUGAUGAAUGUGAUACUGAUGCUAAUAGCUGCUCUCAAAUAUGCAUUAACACUGAAGGGUCUUAUGAUUGCUCUUGUAAUAACGGUUAUGAAAAAAGAUUCAAAUAUUUCUGUUUUGAUAUUGAUGAAUGUGAGAAUCCUAGUAUCUGCUCUGGUGAUCAUCAAGUGUGUCAGAAUACAUUAGGCGGCUAUACAUGUUCCUGUAAAGAAGGAUUUGAAUAUGGCAGGGAUGGCAUGACAUGUGAACCUAAAGUGUGCCAAGUCAUACUUCCACCAAUUAAUGGAAACCUUUACUGUAAUGGUAACAGGACUAAUAAUACAUGUCAUUAUACUUGUAACAGUGGAUAUGUAUUAAGCGAUUCAUCUCCACGCACCUGCCAACCAAACGGACAUUGGUCUGGAGUCCCUCCCUAUUGCUCUCCUCUUCCUUGUCCUACAUUGACAUCACCAA